AUGGAGAAGUAUAAACUUUUUUUAAAUGAAAUAAAAGAAGAAAAUAUAAAGAUCGGGAAAAAAAUAAUAUUUGUGAAUAAUAGAACAAAAUACAAACACAUCAAUGGAAUAAAAGUAGAAUACAAUAAAUAUUUUAUAGAUAGUUAUGAAAAUGAGAAAGAUAAUAAUGUGUAUAAGUAUUAUAAACAUAAAAUAUUAAACAGCAAAAAAAAAAAAAUAUAUUUAAACAAUGAUUUUCCAUAUUUUGAAAUAUAUAAAAAUACAAAUGAUGCAUUUAAAAAUAAUUUAGGAGGAUAUAACAUUUUAAAAUUGUUGAACAAUUAUAAUGAAUUACAAUUAUUUGAUUUAUCUUCAAAAAAUAAAUUAGAAAAUAUAAAUUAUUUGUAUAAACACUUUAUAGAAAUAAUCAUAAAAAAAAGAGACUUAUAUAAUAUUAACCAUAUAUUAACAUUAACAAAAAAUAUAAAAAAAAUUAAUUAUUAUAAUCCUUAUUUUUGUAAAUUAAUAUGUAGGGAAAUAUGUUUAGAUCUAUAUAAAAUAAAAAAUCUUUACCAAAUAACAGGAUUUAUAGAUUUCUUAAUGCAUUUUAAUAUAUUCAAUUUUUAUUAUUUGAAUAAGAUUUAUAAAUAUAUUAUUUAUUUAAUACUUGAUAAUAACAAAUGGAAUUUCAAUACAAAUAAUAUAAUUAGUCAGAAUUGUUUAAAAGACAAAAAUAUACAAAUAAUUGUAGAACAAAAUGAAUGGCUCAUAAAACAAACACCAAAUAAUGGAGAAACAGAUAAUGAUCUUUUAUUAAUUGAACCAAACGAUAUAAUUAUUUUAUCUAAAUCUUUUUUCAAAUAUAAAUAUUUUGAUAUAAACUUAUUAAUAUUAAAAUUAUAUGUGUGUAAUCAUGAUAAAUAUCAAAAUUUAAGAAAACCAAAUGUAUUAUAUCAUUUAUCAAAAUUAUGUAACCAUUAUAUUUUUAUAAAUAAAAAUUAUACAUCAUAUUUAUUAUCAAAUAUAUGUAAAAAUGUUAUUAUUGAUAUGAAUAAUUAUAUCGAUUUAAAUGAUAGAAUUUUACUAUUAAAAAGUUUUUAUAAUAUUUGUAAAUUUUGUAAAAACACAUUAAAUUUUGGCAUGUAUAAUAUAAUUAUAAGCAAUUUAAAAUAUCCAAAUAAAACUGAACUUUUAAAAGAAAAUCAAAAUAUUCAACAAGGGGAAGACAUAUCGAAUUAUAUCUUAACAACCAAAAAAAAAAAAAAAAGACAGAAAAAAAAAUAUGGGGAAAAACACGGAAAAGAACAAAAUACCAAUUACCAUAAAGAUAAUGAAAAUGAAAAAAUAAAUUCGAAAAACAGACAAGAAAAAGAAAUAUAUAAUUCUAUAAAAAAUGAAAAUAGGAAUAGUAAACUUUCGUCUCUAAUUUAUCCCAUAAAAUUUUAUUCAUUCUAUAGUGAUACUGAUAUAAAUUUAAAAAAACAUAAAUUAGAUUAUGACUAUACAGCUCUUGAUAUUUUAAAAAAUAUAAAAAGAUUGGAUUUAUCAAAUAAUACAAUAUGUACUAUAUUUGACACAAUUAAAUAUAUUAUAUUAUUUAUUGAAUUAAAAAUUUUGUCUAUUUUUCCUUUUAAGAAAAAAAAUAUAGCUGAAAUAAAUUUUUUAAAAAGAAAAAACUUCGAAAAAGAUAAUGAUAAAAAUAUUUACAAAUAUAUUUCACAAAAUAUAAGCAAAAAACAAAGUGAUUAUAUAGAGCAUAUACUAAAAACAAACAAAAAUGAAGAAGAAGAAUUUGAUGAUUCGAGUAUGGAUUUUUUAUUUUAUUUAAAUUAUAAAAAUUUUCAGAAUGAUAAAUAUUAUUUAGGAGAAUCCACAAAAGAAGAAAGUGAAAGCAUGGGAAAUCAAAUACAAAAUAAAUACGUAAAUAAUAUGAAUGAAAAAAAUAAUGAAAAUGAAAAGACAAAAAAAGCAUGUGAUGUUACAUCAGAGGAUAUUGAUAACUACAUAAAAAAUAAAAAAAAUAUCCAAUUUAAUUUAAACGAUGAUACUUAUUAUUCUCACAUAUUUUUUCACUUAUCUUCUAUACAGCUUAGUAAAACAGAAGAGGAAAUACUAGCAACCUGUCUUAAUGAUUUACUCUCUUUUAAAAGAUAUUUGCAAAACUUUGAUGUGAAUAACAUAGCUGAGUUGUUUUAUUAUGUAACUACCUUUCAGAUUAUUCAGGGGCUCCAAUCGGGUACAAUAAUAAAAAACAAAUAUGGAUAUUCCAAAAUAAAAAACAAAAAGGAAAACGAGGAACUAUAUAAAAUAUUGUCUGAUAUUAUAAUUAAGAAAAUUAUUAAUAUAAAGGAAGAAAAUUUAUACAAAGUAAUUUUAUCCUGUGCAAACACUGCUUAUUCGGAUGUUUAUUUGAAUCACUUUUUAAAAAAUUUUAAUAGAUAUAUAAAAUUUAGUAAAAUGAGAAAAUUUAUAAAUUGUUAA